AGAAAAGCUGCGCUGGAGCGAGACGAGAGCAGCCGCCACGAGACACAAGAACAAAACAAACAAACAAAAAAAAAGGUUUAUGGGCUCAGAACUCGGAAUUUAGACACAGCUUCGAUCACAUGAAUGUGAUGUGAAUGCUGAUCAGCACUGCAUGCGGGAUCCACGGACAACAACCCUCAUCAGGUUCCUCACUUUAAUGCCCUAAAAGUUCCGCAAUGACUGGCUGACAGGUGACCGGUGACAGGUGGUGGUGGAUGAUGAUCGCUGUGCCCCUGUGUCCAGAGUCAUCUGUGCCCUGCUGCUGUUUGCUCUCCUGCCGGGGGCUCCAACCAUCAGCCUGAGUGACAUGUACGGGAGCCUGCAGUCCCCCAACUUCCCCGAGCCCUAUCCCAAAGAGUCCCAGCUCACCUGGAACAUUAGUGUUCCCAGCGGAUAUCAAAUAAGACUCUAUUUCAUGCAUUUUGACCUGGAGCCCUCCUACCUCUGUGAGUACGAUUAUGUGAAGCUGGAGGCUGAGCUGGAAGUGCUGGCCACGUUCUGCGGACGGGAGGACACAGACACAGAGCAUGUCCCUGGGGAGCAGGUUAUCAUGUCUCCCGGCAACACACUAAGCCUCACGUUCAGGUCCGAUUUCUCCAAUGAGGAGCGAUACUCUGGCUUCGAGGCUCACUACAGUGCAGUGGAUGUGGAUGAAUGUCAGGACAAGAAUGAUGAAGAUCUGGCAUGUGACCACUACUGUCACAAUUACAUUGGUGGCUACUACUGCUCCUGUCGCUACGGUUACUUGCUGCACUCAGACAACAGGACAUGUAAAGUGGAGUGUGCUGACAGCACUUUCACUGAGAAGACAGGGAUGCUAUCCAGUUCUGACUUCCCGAACCCGUACCCCAAGAGCUCUGACUGCGUUUACCGCAUCGAGCUUGAAGAUGGUUUCCUUAUCAGCCUGGAGUUUGAUGACACUUUUGACAUCGAGGAUCAUCCUGAGGUCACCUGUCCCUAUGACUACAUAAAGAUUGUUGCUGGUCAGAAGGAGUUUGGUCCAUUCUGUGGUGACCGGUCCCCAGGGAGCAUCCAGACAGGAAGCAACAGCGUUCAGAUUCUCUUCCACAGUGACAACUCUGGCGACAACAUUGGCUGGAGACUCUUCUACAGAGCUUCUGGCAAUCAGUGUCCAGCCCUGCAACCGCCAGCCAAUGGCCAGAUAGAGCCUGUCCUUCCUCACUACUCCUUUAAAGACCACAUCCUGGUCACGUGUCAACAUGGUUACAGAGUAUUUAUGAACGAUGCAGAAAUGGAGCACUAUCAGAUUGUCUGCGGGAAAGACGGCACAUGGAGCAGCAGCAUGCCCACCUGUACAAUGGUGGACUGCAAAGCCCCUGUUGAGAUUGACAAGGGUGUUGUGGUCUUUGAGACCCCCAGCAACAGUACCUUGUUUGGCUCCAAGAUUCACUACAGCUGCAGAGAGCCUCUCUACCAGAUGCACCCCAAGAUCAACAGUACCUAUACCUGUGGAGUAAGGGGUGAGUGGACCAAUGAAGAAACUGGCACCAAACUUCCCUCUUGUCUUCCAGUGUGUGGGCAACCGGAGCAAGCCUUCCCCGCCCUAUUGAAGAGGAUUGUGGGGGGGCGCAGUGCAUCCCCUGGUCUUUUCCCGUGGCAGGCAUUGCUACUGGUAGAAGACGUCUCACGGGUCCCGGAGGACCGCUGGUUUGGAAGUGGGGCUUUGCUCUCUGAUUCCUGGGUCCUGACAGCUGCCCAUGUCCUGCGGUCUCACCGUCGUGAUCCCUCCGUGAUCCCCGUGUCUCCAGAGCAUGUGAAAGUCCACCUAGGCCUCAACCACAUCCAGAGCAAACACCUGGCUAUCAACCGCUCCGUUGAGAGUCUGGUGCUGCACCCUCAGUUUGAUCCCCGCAACUACAACAAUGACAUUGCACUGGUGAAGCUGAGUGAGAAGGUUCCCAUGAGUCCACUGGUCCUGCCUGUCUGCCUACCAUCACCUGACCCUAACCGUUCGAGCCUGCAGCCCAACACACUUGGCUUGGUCGCUGGAUGGGGCAUCUCCAACCCCAAUGUGUCCAUGGACAAUGCCCUGAGCUUAGACCUGGAUGUUGUGACAGAUGUCCUGCAAUAUGUGAAGCUGCCAGUGGUGGCACAGGAGGAGUGCCAGUCAAGUUAUACCUCUCGCUCUGGGAAGUACAACAUUACAGACAACAUGUUCUGUGCAGGUUUCUUUGAGGGGGGUCGCGACACAUGUCUGGGCGACAGUGGAGGGGCAUUUGUUAUGGCAGACCCUCGUACCGGGAGGUGGGUUGCUCAAGGGCUCGUGUCCUGGGGGGGCCCGGAGGAAUGCGGAAGCCAGCGGGUCUAUGGUGUAUACACCAAAGUGUCCAACUAUGCUGAGUGGCUGCAGAGUCAUCUGAACUUGGACCAGUGGUGGUAACUACACCUCUGUCUCCACCCUGUCCAGCAUUUCCAACCUGCCACCAUCAGUAACUCUCAUCACCUGUCUAGGUGUGUUCCAGCCAUGCUUUUGUCGUCGCAACAGGUGCAGUCUUUAAACUCAAGCUGUUUCCAUAAUACACAAAAUUUCACUCUCCCAUAUAAUUCCAUAUCCACUUGUAUCCCUUUACACAUUAUAUCAAACUACUUCCAAUAAAUCUCCUGGUUCUGGCAUAUAAAACUGUUAAAGGCAGUGCCAACAGAGCAC